ACACCGCAUGUGUCUCACCCUGGAGCAGCAGUGUCAAUCACUCUGGGGGCGGGACGGCCGUGCUGCUCCAGACCUGUGCUUUAGGAAGGUGAACGAGGCAGGGGACACCUUUGGGAACUGUGGCAAAGACCUGCUGGGUAAAUACAGAGGAUGCAGAGACAGGGAUGCUAGAUGUGGUAAGAUCCAGUGUGUGAGUUCAGCCUCCAAGCCCCUGGAGACUAACGCUGUUCCCAUCGACACCACGGUCCGGGUGGGUAACGGGAAGGUCCUCUGUAGGGGGACACACGUUUACCGACCAGGCCAGGGGGGCGAGGAACAGGGGGACACACUGGACCCAGGACUGGUCAUGACUGGGACCAAGUGUGGCGAGGACUCGAUCUGUUUCGGAGGAGAGUGCCGCAACGCGUCUUUCCUGAGGGCGGAUGAGUGCAAUGCCAAGUGCCACGGCCAUGGGCUGUGUAACAACAAUCACCACUUGCCACUGUGACUCAGGCUGGGGCCCUCCCCUGUGUGAACCAGGAA